CGUAGCUACCGUGUAGCUACGUUAUAGUCAUCUGUGGUGAUAGGGAAUAGGAAUUAUAUGAGCAUAAUUGCAUUUUUAAUUAUAAUUUGAUAUACAUAUACAAAAAAAACAUCACCUACCAUAUACGGACAUUCCAAAUUGUUGCUAAUAAGAUAUUAUAGUUUGUGUUUAUUCAGAACCAAUUUAAUUUUAUUAAUUGUGAACUGUGAAAUAAUAAAGAUAAAAAGUUUUACAAAGGAUGGUAAAACAUAGUCGUGCCUACAUUUACUUUUGAUUAAGUAUAACCUUUCAUAUAAAGAAGAAACGAUGGAGACGGAAGAUGACGUCGGACGCAACCUAUUGGACGACAUGCCACCGAUAAACUGUGAUCUGUUUGAGGGACCCUAUGGUGGCAGCAACGAUAUUGGAGAUAUGACAUUUUGUCUCGGAAACUACGUACCUGACUUUAUGAAGAUGUUGUUUACAAUGCGAUCGCAUCAUAUGCUGACUGAUGUUGUCUUGGAAGUGGGAAACGAAUUGUUUCAUGUCCACAAAGUCGUUUUAGCCGCUGGAAGCCCAUAUUUUAAGGCAAUGUUUACAAGUGGGUUGAAAGAAUGCGAGAUGUCUCGCGUUCGUCUGCAAGGCGUGUGCCCCUCGGCCAUGGCGUGGCUCGUCUACUUCAUGUACACGGGGAAAGUGCGCAUCACGGAGGUCACGGUGUGCCAACUCCUGCCCGCCGCUACCAUGUUCCAGAUAUCGAACGUAAUAGAUGCGUGCUGCGCGUUUCUUGAGAGGCAGCUCGACCCCUCCAACGCCAUCGGGAUCGCCAACUUCGCGGAGCAGCACGGCUGCGCGGAACUCAAGCAGAAAGCGAACCAGUUCAUUGAAAGACAUUUUACACAAGUUUGCCAAGAGGAAGAGUUUCUACAGUUGACGGCUCAGGAAUUAAUAUGUUUAAUACGGAAAGACGAGCUCAACGUGAGAGAAGAAAGAGAAGUCUACAACGCCGUGUUAAGUUGGGUUAAAUUCGACGAGGAUCGUCGGUACCCGCGCAUGGAGCAUAUCCUGCAAGCCGUGCGUUGCCAAUAUCUCACACCCAGCUUCCUGAAGGAGCAGAUGAGUACGUGCUCCGUACUCAAGAAAGUGCCUGCCUGCAGGGAAUACCUCGCCAAAAUAUUUAAGGAUCUGACACUUCACAAAAAGCCAGUAGUGAAAGAGCGUCGACCCAACACGCCGCGUAUCAUCUACGUGGCGGGCGGUUACUUCCGGCAUUCCAUCGACGUGUUCGAAGCGUUCAACAUUGAUGACAACUGCUGGAUAACGCUGCCCAGGCUCACCGUGCCUCGGUCUGGCCUAGGAGCUGCUUUCCUUAAGGGCCUGUUCUACGCGGUGGGGGGGCGCAACACGUCGCCGGGCUCGUCGUACGACAGCGACUGGGUGGACGUGUACAGCCCCGCGGGCGAGCACUGGCGCCCCUGCAGCCCCAUGGCCACGCCCCGACAUCGCGUCGGAGUGGCGGUGAUGGACGGGCUGCUGUACGCGGUCGGCGGCUCCGCCGGCACGGAAUAUCACAAGACUGUCGAGUGUUACGAUCCUGAGAAGGACGCUUGGGCGUAUGUGGCGUCGAUGGGUCGCGCGAGACUGGGCGUGGGCGUGGCCGUGGUUAACCGUCUGCUGUACGCGGUGGGGGGAUUCGACGGCGCACGACGGACCAAUUCCGUCGAGUGCUACCAUCCCGAGAACAACUGCUGGUCUGAGGUCGCCCCCAUGCAUUAUGCGAGGAGCGGCGCAGGCGUCGCGGCGCUGAACCAGUACAUCUACGUGGUGGGCGGCUACGACGGCGCGGCGCAACUGGCCACGGUGGAGCGCUACGACACGGAGCACAACACGUGGGAGGAGGUGGCGCCCGUGCGCGCCGCGCGGUCCGCGCUGUCGCUGGCCGUGCUGGACGGGAAGCUCUACGCCAUGGGCGGCUACGACGGCACGGCCUUCCUGGACGUGGUGGAGAUCUACGACCCGGCGAGCGACACGUGGCGCAGCGGCACGGCGCUGUCGUCCGUGCGCUCUGGGCACGCGUCGGCCGUGUGCUACCAGCACGUGGCGCCGCCCGAGGCCGAGCCCGCGCCCGUCGCGCCGCUCGACGUGCCGCUCGCCAACAACAUCAUCAGCACGCUGGCCAACGCGCAGCGCCCCGGCGACACCUAGCCGCCGGCGCCCUGAGACGACGCCGACGAGACAUGUGUGACGCCGCAGAGCGGUCGUGCCGUGACUCGGCCGCGGAAUGCCCCGGUGGCGCAUGUGACGAGCCGUGAGAGACAUUUUGACUGUUAUUGAUUACAAAAUAAUCUAGUUAUUUAUUCAUUCUGCCAUAUUUAUACUUACGUUAAGAGUGUCGUCCGUUAAACAUCUCUACGAGUCCACGAAACUGAAUAUUAUUUUUAAAGUGAUUACGACAAUCAGUGCCGCUUGAGAUAAAGUUAAGCGUGUGUUCGAUAGUAUAUUACAGCUAUUUUAAUAUUUUUUUAUUAUUGUUUAAAUUUACGAGUCGAAUAUUUCUUUUAUUUACUUAAAGUUACCUAAUUUAAUUCGUCAAUAUUCAAUUAUUAUCAACACCAAAAUAUUUUAAAGAAAAAAAGCCUUGCAUUUUGAAAACCAUUUUUGUGUUUGACAGUUCCCAACAUUCGUAGUAAUAUAGCAGUUGUAUAAUUUUGAUUUUCAUCAAAAUUGCGUUCAAUGUGACAAAGACAUUGACUCAGUUUUAAUAGUUGUUCUCGUAAAAUUGGUCAUUUUAACUCGUAGUUCAAGGUCACGUGGUGCGUGGCGCCUCUAAGCCAACACUGAUUAAAUAUAUGAAUUAGUGACAUUCCUAGUUUAAUUGGAACUAGUUAAAUUUAUGUUUUAUUAUAAGCUGAACGGUUAAGAGAUUUUAACUGAUUAAAGUAAAUGAAUGACAAAUAUUCUCCUUAUAUAAAAGUUUAUGUUAGCAGAUCACAGUUGUAUAUAUUCCAUUGUAUUAUCUACAAUGUCCAUUCCUAAAACGAAGUGGUCCGUGUAUACUUGAUUGCAGUGGCGUAGCUAUCGUAGGGCCAGGUGGUGCAGUGCACCAGGGCCCCGGAGCUCAUGGGGCCCUCUAACCUAAGCUUUGAAAACUUCGACCCUGCUCACAAGAGUUUUUUUCCUAUCUAUAAUUUUAAAGGGCAAUAUAUGUAAGUUAGAGAGGGGGUAGAAAGAAGGGGUGAGGGCCCGAUAGUUUUCUAUGCACCGGUGCCCUUGUCCACCUAGCUACGCCACUGCUUGAUUGGUGUGUGAACAUAUUGAUAUACGUUGUAUUGUUAAACAAUUAAGGUGCUAAAACUAUAUAAAUACUUAUUAUUAGCAAUAGUUGACAUCACAAAAAUCGUCAUUAGAUUUAAGGAGCUGAUUCUAAGAAUCCAAUAUUAGCUUUAAGUUUUUUAUUUCGAUUACGACUCUUGUAAUAUAAAUAUAUAUAUUUUUCAAUGUUAUAUAAUACGCGCGAACUAAGUUGGCCGGAAUUAAUUUAGUUCUACGAGAUGUCUGCACGUGUAUCGUAUCGGUCAUGCGUGCGAAGAGAGAAUAUAUUCCAGGAGGUGUUAACGUUUUAGGUAGUGUUUUCAAGACGAACGAUUGCUAUCUUUUUUAAUAGAUCUGUUAUGUCUCAUAAGUUACCGAAGUCCCGGAUGAUUCGACGACUUCAGUUUUAAUUUUUGUUAUUGAAAUAAAUACAAAUUAUAUUCGAACAAUUUGAAAAAACAUAACAAUCACGCGAAUAUAAUUACUAAAUUUAUUUUAAAACUAUAUUCAACUAUGUUACCCGCCCGCUUCGCUUGGAAAAAAAGGGAAACGUCAUCGAAAUUAAAAACUUUAAAAACCUAUCUGGCCUAAGUACAGACCUAAGAACGACUCCGCGUCGAUUGGUCAAUCUCAAACCCCGUAUACAAACGUUCAAUAGUCUUUACGCAUACGUAAUUACAACCACAAUAUUUGUAUCUGUAGCGUUAGUACCGCCCGCACUUUGAUCCCAAAAACAGUUUCUGCGCAGUUACUGGUACAACUUCAGUCCGGCCAACUUAUAUCGCACCUGUAGUGUUAUGAUUAAGAGCCUACACAAUUUAUGUAUUCCAAUUGUAGAAGGAAAAAAGGUAAAUAAACAAAUUUGACUACAGUUUCAGGUUUUUUAAUUAGCGUGAUUUCAUAUAGAGUUGACUCUGAUACUUGUGAUUCAAAAUUAAUUUAUUUUAUAUCAGAUAUCAGAAAGCAUAAAUUAUAAAUUUUGAUAACGCCAAAUAAUGCGAACCGUGAGGAAAUAUAUUACGAGAUAUACGACGACGAAUAACGAAUCUCUAGUGAGAUUUGAAACUGUUAAACUGUAAUUAACUAAGUAUUAUUGCUUAAAAAUCAACCCUUAUUUUCACCUUUUAAUAUGAUAGGAACUUCAUUUAUUUCUAGAAAAAUAUUAUAUACAAUGAUAAAAUGUUUAAGUAAAAUCGAAAUAAAUUUAUUUUUAAUUAAUUGCUUCGUCGUAAAUUUUAUGUAUAUCAGACAAAAUGCAAAUAAUCUAAAUGUCCCUUGGACAAAAAUGUUUGGUUUUAAAUGUCGAUAUCGGAUCGGAAGUGUAAUUAAUGUGUUUGUUCCAGAUAAUUUUAUUCGUUAUAAGAUAUAUUACCUAAAAAUUCAUUGUAGUCCGUAAGUAAAUAGCACAGAAUAAAUUUAUAUAUAAUAAAUAUUCAUUCACCCUUUUUCCCUUCUUCAAUUAGAAAGAUUUUAUGAAAAAGUGUCAAAUACAAGUUGUAAUAAUUGUAUUGUUUUUAUAACUCGACGUAAUAUCUCAGUUUUUGAGUUAUAUAUAAUCAAAAGCAGUAUAAAUGUAUAA